AUGGCGACGCCGUUGACGGGAGAUGGGGUGCUCGCGCUGAUGCCGCAGGGUCCGCUUGACUCCGUGGACCCCUCUUCAGCGUCGUCUGGGGCCUCUUCACCUCCUCCGUCGCCGGUGGGUGCCGGUCCGGCAGGGGAGUGCCUGGCGAGGUCGGCGGUCGAGUCGCCGAUCCUGAUAUUCCUCUUCUUCCAGAAGACCAUCCGGUCGGAGCUCGAGCGGCUUCACCGUGCCGCCGUCGCCCUGGCCACCACCGACCGAGGAGGGGACGUACGGGCUGUUGCUGAUCGAUGCCGGUUCUUGCUCGCCAUCUACAAGCACCACUGCAAUGCGGAGGACGAGGUACGUCUCGUUGUCGUGGAAUAAUUCGGGGAGAAUUUCUUGAUUCAAGUGGUUGUGUUAUAUGUGCGUCUGGAUUAUCUGUUCUUCUGCCACUCUCUAGGGAUCCGAAUGGCUCUAGGUUUGGUCUUGCUGUUUCCUGUUUCCACGAUUUGGGAACAGACAAUUGGGGCUUGGUUUUCGCGAGAUUGGUGCUCCGCCACUAAAGACUCGCUUUCUUUCCUUCCAGUCCAAUUUGAGCUUUAGUCCAUAUGUUUUGUCCCCUAGAGAUGUGGGACGAAUGAGGAUUUCUUGUCUGGUUUGAUUGCUUAUUCUGCUUAGCUCUCCAAAUCUUCUCGCUGUGUAGCUUCUGCACGUGGGGCCUUUUAUUGCAUAUCUUUGGGAGCUGAUUUCUCAGUUAUAUUUCUGCAGCUGUGGGAAAAAAAAUUCAGCUUCUAGGCGUUUCCCUGCAGAUGUUGAAGAGAAAAGUGGAAUAGAAAUAGUUUUUCAAUUGUUGAUGCUGAUCAUUGAGUUGAAUGAUCCUUAUGCGUCGGUGAUAUUGAGCUCUAAGGAGCUCAGUUUCCCUGACUAGACUUUGAAGGGAGAGGGGUGAUAAAAUCUCUUACUAUUGAAACUGAUCGAUGAAUUGUGCUUUUCCUAAUUUUUUUGUUGGCUGAGAAUUCGUUCCCAGGAUGCUGAUUUAAAUUGCAGUUUUAGGUUAGUAGAUUCCUUCGUAUUCCUGAACUCUAUAUUCUAACACUUUCAUCUAUAUUAGAUUCCCUGAUUGAGAGAACAAUAUUAUUUUGAUUGAACGGUGUUAUACUUCAAUUUAAAUAGACCCUUGCAGACAUUACCCUAAUAUAUUCUUUAUCGAUAAUAAUAUUUUAAUCUUUAGUGUCGUUGCUCUACAAAAGGUGCAAGCAUGUGUGUGAAUGUAUCAAAUUUGGUAUAAGCCUUUAUGACAAAUAAAGGUGAGGAUCAAAUGGUAAUCUUGGGUUGACGGGAUUUCCAGAUUAAAUCCCUAAUAUUGUCUUCAAGAAAGCAGAAUUCUCUCAGAUGAAGAAGUAUCAUCUUUCAAUCUGAAGAACCUGUUCCUCUGAUUCAGUAGCUUGAGUAGAAAACGGAUUAUCUCUUUUUUUCUCUCAGUAGCUUAUUUCUGGAUCUUAGCUGAUUUGUAUCUUUUACUUGAAUGGAACUGAGAAUGCUAACACAGUUUUUUUCUGAAAGCUGAUGAGUUAAAUAUUUAUUCCGUAGGAAUUGUCUCGAGAUUUGCAACAUCCCUAAAUUUCUGUCAUGUUUUCUUUGUCUAAAAGGGUUUGAAUGGCCUGAAUCUCAGUGUAAAUGAUGUAUUUGUUGCUAAUAAGGUUAUGGAAAAAGAACAUUUUAAUUGAAAAGAACAGGGAAAGAAAAAAACAGAUGCAACAUGUUAGCCUGAUAGGCCAAUGAAAGCUAAUAAUGGGAAUUGGGCACCCUUCAAUAAAAGGUGGAGAGACAAAAUCGUCUCCACCUGUGUACUGGUUAAAUGAUGUUUAGCCUGAGUUCUAAAUGUGCGAGGAUCUCGUAUGUAGUUCUUUCUCUUUGAGCCAAGCUAGAGGAUUAUUGAAACAAUAGUCAGAAGGCUCUAUGACACAUUAUCUGGGAAUCUUUAUAAUGCUUGUUUCCUUCCUGGGAGAAAAUAUGCGUCAUAUGAUCAGUUUUGGGGAUUUAAAAAGGCAUGAUGUCAUUUUGCCUGAGUAGAGGAAUCUUGGAUAGGUAUGAAAGAAUUUAUAGGCUGAAGGAAUGAUGGCCAGUUCAUUCCGGUUUUAGUCAGAAAACAACUAAUGAUUGAUUGGCUUCUUCCUGCUAUGCUUUGGGCAACAUGAAGGGAAGGAUGUGUUUGAAAACCCUUUCAAGAAUAUCUCUAAUGUUUCAGACAGCUGUUAGAUAAGUAGAACUCUGGGCCUAUAUUGCUUGGCAUUUUCAAUCCUGAAGAGCCAAUGCUUUUUCAGAAGUUAAAUUAGGGAAAGCUCUCCUCUCCUCUGUCAAAGCUUCUCUUACCAUGCUCCUUUUGUUUUAGUAUCCAGAAAAGAGUAUGGACUAUCAUAUGUUCCUUAUCAUUGAGUUGCAGCGUUUUUAACCUGGCCGAUGAAUAGUAGGAAAAUGAACCUUCUGUGUAAAGUUUUAUGAUGUUAUUAUUUCACUCUGCUGAAUUUUGGGGCAUUUGGAUUAAUUAUAAUUACAAUAUUCUUAUAGAAUAAAAGUUCGCCCUCACAAAUUCAGUAUCUAAAAAUUGCAGGUCAUCUUUCCAGCCCUUGACAUACGUGUGAAGAAUGUUGCCAGGACAUAUUCUCUUGAGCAUAAGGGGGAGAAUGACCUUUUUGAUCAAUUGUUUGAACUGCUCAAUUCAAAUGUCGAAAAUGGUGAUAUUUUCCGUAGAGAGCUUGCAUCCUGCACCGGUGCUAUCCAUACAUCACUUAGCCAGCAUAUGGCAAAGGAAGAAGAGCAGGUCAUUUUUCUUUUUUACUGUUUUUCAUAUCAAAGUAUCACGUGCUUCAUUCAAAACUAAAAGGAUAUGUAUUAGCUUGUUUGUUAUGGAUUUAAUUUCAUUAUUUGGCGCAUAGAAGUUAUGUUUAGUAUCUAUCUCCAGUUGAAGUCUCCAUGUUCAUUUUUCUGCCAGUUUUCUGUUGGCCUGUUCAUUUCUCUAUUGACAGUGCCAUAAUUUCUUCCCAUAUGAAUGUAACUGAUAAAAACAUGAUGGUUGAAAUCAAUAUCUUUUCUGCAAGGUGAUAUGGUCAGCUGAAACCACUAAACAGAUGUCAGACGUAACUAAGUAGUGAAUCCUUUUUGAGGUGGUUGCACAAGUAGCUCCAGUGUUAUGUAUAAUAUGGUCUCCAAAAGCAGAUUUUCAGCAAACCCGAGUCUCAUCGAAAAGAUUAAUGAUAAAAAUCUAUAAUGCUGCAUCAUAAUACCUUGGAAAAAAAUGAUAUCAUCCAACAGGCUGGUAAAUAGGUCAGAGGCAUCAAUUGUAAAAAAUGUGCUUUCCAAUGACCAUCUGGGCCAAGAAGGACAGCCAUGGUAGUGAUAAGUCUUUUUCUCCAUUUCUCUAAUAAGAGAAACGAUAAGAGUGCCAUCUGCAUAUCAAUGCAUCGCAUAGCAGCCAAUCUUCAUAUUUAAAUGCAUUAUGAAUAAUUUUCUUUUUCUUAAUGAUGAUCCAAAAAUCCACACAGAUUUGAUCAAUGGCAAUAAACGUAUACUUGUUACUGUUAUUUUGGUUUAAAUGUCUGUAUUCCAUUGCAUAUGAGCAGCUUUUCUUUGGUAAUAAACAUAGUUCUUGAUAAAUUUGUUUGUUUACCUUGUUCUCUCAAAGACAGAAAAAAUAAAAGUUAUCUACAAACCAUCAGUUCUCAUUAGGAUCUUAUGCUGAGCUUCCCAGACACUGUGUGCAUCCUCUUUUUAUUUUUUUCCUGAACUCCUUUUAAUGUAGUGUCUUGGAGCAUUUGUUGGACCUGCAUGCAUUCAUUGUGCGCUUUUUCCUGAACAAAUUUUCUGCCAGUUUUCUGUUGGCAUGUUCAUUGUAUCGCUCCUUAUUGCAAGUUUUCUGUCCGCAGUUUCCUUUUUCCACCAUUAUCGCCCAACAAUUUUGGAAGAGAAAAGAGGAAACUGCAGUUGGUUCCGUUUUUCUGAAAUUUAUAGCUAAGAAUCUCUCCUUAUAGCAAGUUUUUUGCCUGCUGUUUCCUUUUUCCACAAUUAUCUCCCGCAAUUUUUUGAAGAGAGAAGUGGAGACUGCAGUAGGUCCUUUUGUUUUGCUUUUUUAAUUUAGAUACUACGUGAUUUACGAAUAUUAAAAAUGGAUCUAUGAUCUGUAUUUUAAUUAGUUUUGUUUUAUGUUUUAUUUAAUUAUUAUGGUGUUCAAUUAUUUAAUUAGUUUUGACUUUUAAGACCAGUAAGUUUUACGUUGCUGGUCCUUCAUCAUGUCUGUGAUGCAGCAUCCGCUUGCCCACUCACCUACUACAGCUCCAACAGUCUAUAAUGAUAGGAGUAUCAGCAUGCUACUGUCUUACUUGAUUGUGCUCUAUGUAAAAUGAAGCCUCCUCAGCCUAAAUGUUUAUGCAUCUGUCAAUGCUUGAUUAAUUCCAGGAUCAUUUUUAGAUUUGUUUCUUAAACCUCUACUUACUUUUUUGUGCCCUUUUGGCUAAACCAUUCCUACUUUUCUCGCACAGCUCACUUUUUCUUCACCAAUAGAGGAACGUUAAUAUGUGGGUUAGCUGGGUGAAUUCAUUAAUGAGCCAGCUUGAGGUCAUUUCCUCCGUUGCUGUUGUCUGUUUGAUCUUUUCGUAUUCAUUUUCUUAUUACACUUCAAAAGGAGGUCAAGUUGAUUACACUUCUUAAUAGACUUAUCGCCUUAAAUUCAUGAUGUUACAGCCGCUGGUGAUAGGUGUUUGCCUAUUUCCUAGCAUUGAUUGGUUUUCAGAUGUUUUGUCAUUUAUGAUAAUUUGUUUUUAUAAUUUUCAUUUACCUUCUGUUACAGGUUUUUCCCCUUCUCGUUGAGAAGUUCUCAUCUGAAGAGCAGGCUGCAUUGGUAUGGCAGUUCUUAUGUAGCAUCCCAGUGAACAUGAUGGCAGAGUUUCUGCCAUGGCUUUCGUCAUCUGUUUCACCUGUAGAACGUGAAGAUAUGCAGAAGUGUCUUCAAAAGAUAGUUCCAGAAGAAAUGCUUCUUCAACAGGUGUAAAUUUGUGGGAUGUGAAAUAUCCUAGGAAUUCACUUUGAUGCACUUUUUAUAUAGCAUAUAGUACACCUUGUUUAUUCGAACUAAAGAUUUCAGAUAAGUACUUUAAAUCAUGAAAAAGGUAACUGAUGACAAAUUAUAAAACAUGAAGGUAAUUUUCACUUGGAUGGAAGGCAAACAUUCAUCAACAAAGUCUCCAAGCAUUGAAAAUUGUUCUCUGGACUUGCACCGCAUUGAUUCUGAAUGUGGAGGGCAAACAGGUGAAAUUGAAAAAGAAGCCUGUGCCUGUGAAUUUUCACGGGCUGGAAAAAGGAAACAUUUUUGUUCUGAAUGCAGUGGGGCUGAUACAAGAGAAACACAACCAAUAAACGACAUAUUGCAUUGGCAUAGUGCUAUUAAAAAGGAGUUGACUGAUAUUGCCAAGGAAGCAAGAAAGAUAGAACAUUCUCAAGAUUUUAAUGAUCUAUCAGCCUUCAACGCAAGACUGCAGUUCAUUGCUGAUGUGUGCAUCUUUCAUAGGUAUGUAUGAUCGUAUUGUUACUUAAUAAAGUUUAUUCCAUUUUUUUAAUUUCAAAACAUGUUUUCUUUUAAAAUCCCUCUCAAAAGAAAAUCACAGAAAAUUUAUUUUUUGGGAAUCAUAUAUUUGUAACAUUAGUGUUGAAAUUUUUUAUCAACAAAUUAUGUCAAAUCUUCUGUCAGAUCCCCUUAAUGCACUCAUUUUUAUUUUGUUUUCUGAAAACCUGGCUGUCAGGCAUCCUGUGUGUUGCCGAGUUUGAGGCUUAGCCAACAUAUUUUGAACUUUUAUGUUCUCUACUUGAUGAUAUAUCUCCUUGAUUUUUCUUCUGCGUAUGCUGUUGCAUACAGCAUUGCUGAGGACCAGGUUAUCUUUCCAGCAGUGGAUGGGGAAGUAUCAUUUGCACACGAACAUGCUGAAGAAGAAAGACAAUUUAACAAAUUUAGGUGCAUAAUAGAGACCAUUCAGAAUGAUGGUGCAAACUCAUCUUCUGCGGAAUUCCAUUCAAAACUGUGUUUACAUGCUGAUCAAAUAAUAGACACGAUACAGAAGCACUUCUGCAAUGAGGAAGCUAAUGUAAGCCUAUCAUUAAUUGACCUUUUCUCUUACCUAUGGAAAACAUGAAAGUAGAACCUUUACUUUUAUUUCCUCUUUGUAGAUUCUUCCCCUUGCUAGAUUACACUUCAGUCCCAAGAAACAGCGAGAACUUUUGUACAAGAGUAUAUGUGUGAUGCCCUUGAAAUUGUUAGAGCGCGUUUUGCCAUGGUUGGUAGCAUCCCUUAGUGUGGAGGAUGGAAAGUCCUUUCUUCAGAAUAUGAGGAUGGCAGGUUUGUGUCUUUUCGAGUAGCCUAUUUUGUAGAAUAAAGCAGUUUUCUGAUGCUUUUUGUGCCAAUAUCUCACAAGUGGAAAUUAUCUGCAGCUUCAUCAUCUGACAUUCCUUUGGUUACACUUUUAUCUGGUUGGGCAUGCAAAGGUCGUCCACGUGAUUUUUGUGAGUCUGGAAUGUUCCGUUGGCCGUCUUCAAAUAACCUUGCCGACUGUUCACCCGCCAAGGACAUUGAAGAAGAUUGUAGUCAGGCAGUCUGUGCAUGUCUUUGCCUAUUAAGUACUAAGGGGGAAUCAUCAUCGUAUCUAACGAUAGAUAAUGUGGAGAGGCCAAAAAAACGGUGUAAUCUAUUGGAUUCAAGUGAAAACUCCGGUGUAUCUGAGCACUCGGCAAAUAUGAAACGGCCUUGUUGUGUCCCUGGACUUGGAGUCAAUAACAACAAUCCAGCAUUGAAGGCGCUAUCUGCCAGAAAAUCUUUACGAUCCUUGUCUUACAAUUCCUCGGUUCCAUCUUUUAACUCGAGUCUUUUCUGGGAAACUGAUAUCAUGUCAUCUGACUCUGGGCAGACACUGAGGCCUAUUGACAACAUCUUCAAGUUUCAUGUGGCAAUUCGUAAAGACUUGGAGUAUUUGGAUGUUGAGUCUGGAAAGCUUAUAGGUUGUGAUGAAACAUUUCUACGGCAGUUCAGUGGACGAUUUCGUCUGCUGUGGGGUCUAUAUAGAGCUCAUAGUAAUGCUGAAGAUGAUAUUGUUUUUCCAGCCUUAGAAUCCAAGGAGGCCCUUCACAAUGUGAGCCACUCGUACACCCUUGACCACAAACAAGAGGAGAAACUCUUUGAAGAUAUAUCUAUUGUUCUUUCAGAAUUUUCACAAGUUCAUGGAAACUUAGGCUUGGCUACUUCCAGUGAACGUGCCUGUGUCAAGCUCUUCCCUUCUUCGCUUGAUGAUACUGACUGGAUACAAAAGCACAAUGAACUAGCUACAAAGCUUCAGGGGAUGUGCAAAUCUAUUCGAGUUACACUGGAUCAGCAUGUUUUCAGGGAAGAACUUGAGUUAUGGCCAUUGUUUGAUAAGCAUUUUUCUGUGGAAGAACAAAACAAAAUUGUCGGUCGCAUAAUUGGGACAACAGGUGCAGAAGUGCUCCAGUCAAUGCUGCCAUGGGUAACAUCUGCGCUUACUCAAGAGGAACAGAAUAAAAUGAUGGAUACGUGGAGGCAGGCAACAAAAAAUACAAUGUUUAAUGAAUGGCUUAAUGAAUGGUGGAAGGAAAUUCCCGACUCUCCUUCGCAGGCUUCAAAAGAAAAUGACACAAGCACAAAAGGUUUCCUGUUAACAUUAUAUUUUCGUUUUGAAAUUGAAUUUUUUUAUUAUGUCUAUGAUCCACGUCUUUUAUAGUUCUCUCUCCAAUGGGGGAAUCGUAGGUGAAGUAUAUAGUAAUGUAUAGGUAUCUUGUUUGCCAAGAAUUAGAAGAUGCUGGUUUUAGUGGUUCCCAGUGUCCGCAAUAGUAAUUUUUGUUUAGAUUGUUCAGGUGCUGAUAUCCAAGAUAGCCUUGACCAAACAGAUGAUAUGUUCAAACCGGGCUGGAAGGACAUCUUUCGGAUGAACCAGAGUGAACUUGAGUCAGAGAUACGAAGAGUUUCUCAGGAUCCAACGCUUGAUCCUCGGAGAAAAGCAUACCUCAUUCAAAAUCUUAUGACAAGGUUUGUUUUGUACUUCUUUCUCUCAACCUAAUUAUAUAUGUUUUUUGCAUAUCCCUGUUCCUUUUCACGCUUACUAAUUGCAUGGCAUGAUAUACUUUCAAAAUGCCAUUUUUUUGUACAAAAUGAUAGGAUUUGUCUUAAAUUAUCUUAGUUCCCUUAAUUUAUUUUUUUAUCCUUAUUUUUUGAGACAUGGAGUGGUUUUCCAUGUAUUAUAGAAACUAAAUUUGGACUUUAUUUUUCGUAGCCGAUGGAUAGCAGCUCAGCAAAAGUCGCCUCAGGCAAGAUCAGUUGAAAACGGAAAAGAUGGAACUUUGUUUGGAUGUUCUCCCUCAUACCGAGAUCCUGAGAAGAAAGCGUUUGGCUGUGAACAUUACAAACGAAAUUGUAAACUAGUUGCUGCUUGUUGCAACAAGCUAUUCACUUGCCGUUUCUGUCAUGAUAAAGUCAGCGAUCAUUCUAUGGACAGGUAGCGUAUCUGCUUUUUGUUUCGACUAGCAAGUGGUUACAGUUGCUGAUUAUAUUUGUGAUACAGGAAAGCCACCACUGAAAUGAUGUGUAUGCGCUGCUUAAAGGUUCAGCCGGUUGGGCCGACCUGCAGAACACCUUCUUGUGAGGGAUUUUCAAUGUCUAAAUACUUCUGCAAUAUCUGCAAAUUUUUUGAUGAUGAAAGGUAUGGAUAUUUUUAGGCAAACCUUUCUGUAUGACAUUGUAGAUGGCGGAUCGAAGGUCCCUUGGAUAUUGUCUACCUUUCUUCAUUUAUUGCACAGUUUUGCUUUUCAGGAACUGUCAAUUUCCGUAGCACUUUGAUUGUUGGCGACGUAUUUUCUUGGGUUUGAUGGGUUUAGAACCUGUUCUUGUGAAUUGAACGUUUUUUAGAGGGCUUCCCCACCGCUGAAAGGAGAAGAGGGUUAACGUUUUUGGGUCUGAUUUUUGUCCAAAUUAUGAGAUGCAAACCAGAGUGGGAAAUCGGUGGUCCGUCAGCUACCUUGGGAACCCUCCAGACUCUGUUGUUUUGCCCUGUUUUGGUUAUUUUUUCCAGUCGAUGGUGAUGCUUGAAACUUGAAAGAUGGUUCAUAUGUGAACUUCACGUCGAUCUGAAUGUAGCCGGAUCUAAACUGGGUCGUAUUAUUUUCCACCGCAACACUCGGUAGCUCUUGACAACAGAGAGACUUUCGCGUGACCCGUAAUUCCUAUGAAAUCUGGAUCCAUGCAAGAUGCAAUUCCUCUUGAGUUUCUCUUCCGUAUGCUGUUUUCAAGCCCGUUUGUAUGUUUCUCUUGCCUUCCUGCCUGGUUUAUUUCUUGAAACGGCUCACUGCAUCUCUUGACGUUUGACCGUGCGGAGGGAUCUGAUCUGGCAUUUUGUCUCUGCACCGCACCCUUUGAUUUGACGAACCCACCCCUGUUUUAACAGUUUACAACCUCUGCAUGGUAGAUCACUAUUCAAAUGCACAACUACAAUUCCUAGUUUUACUAGCUCGCUCCAAUCUUUUUGGGGCCCUCUUUUGUAGCUCAUCCGAAUCCCACUGAAGCAAAAAUGGGUUCCUUACGUUUGUCCUUCAGGACGGUGUACCACUGCCCUUUCUGCAACUUGUGCCGUGUGGGGAAGGGGCUCGGCGUGGACUUCUUUCACUGCAUGAAAUGCAAUUGCUGCCUGGGAAUGAAACUCGUCGAGCACAAGUGCCGGGAGAAGAGCCUGGAGACGAACUGCCCCAUCUGCUGCGACUUUCUGUUCACAUCAAGCGCAGCAGUUAGAGCCCUACCCUGCGGCCACUUCAUGCACUCGGCUUGUUUUCAGGUCCAUCACCUAUUGCCCAUCUCUCUUUCCAUCCUCCCUCCUCUUCUAAUGCCGCCUUCUCUCCCAUCUAAAUUGGCUCCAGACUGACCCCCCCCCCUCCCCCUCUCCUUUCGUUGCUCGUGUUCAGGCCUACACCUGCAGCCAUUACACAUGCCCAAUAUGCAGUAAAUCUCUGGGCGACAUGGCGGUAGGGCCCCUCUCUGCCUGCUUCGUUCUAGCUGAACUUCUUUUUAUGGUUCAAAUCGAUUAUAGAGAAAAUCCGUCUUUUAAUUUGUUUUAAUCCCUUCCCCAAAAUGUCUUUUUGAUUAUGUGGGGGAUGAUCUUCCCCUUCUGCAGGUUUACUUUGGGAUGCUCGACGCUCUGUUGGCGACCGAGGAGCUCCCGGAGGAGUACAGGGACCGCAGUCAGGUACAGCCACUGCCGCCUUCCUCCUCCUCACCUGCACUCCCCAAAUCCUGCUGCCCUCUGAUGAUCGCAUCCUCACCGCCGCCCGGUGCCGCCGCUUCCGUGUCGAUCCCGCAGGGCAUCCUAUGCAAUGACUGCGACAAGAAGGGGACCGCCCGGUUCCACUGGCUCUAUCACAAAUGCGGUUCUUGCGGGUCCUACAACACCCGGGUAAUCUGA